AUGCAUGGAAGAAGCAAACAUAUAGAAGCCAAAUUUCAUUUCUUGAGGGAGCAGGUGAAUCAAGGUAGCUUAGAAGUAAUUCAUUGUGCUACUGGUUCACAGGUUGCAGACAUUAUGACUAAGAGUUUGAAGGUUGACAGAUUUUUGAACUUAAGGAAUUCACUUGAUUCAAACUUCUUCACAACUGUUCGUUCAAUCACACUCAGAUUCAAACUCACGAGUUCCAGAUUCUUGGUUCCUUCUUCAUUCAGAUUCAAUCUUCUUCACAACUCGUUCUUUCAAUCUAAGAUUCAGAUUCAACCUCGUUUGUUCAAGAUUGACAAAGAAAGUUAUGAUGAUAAUUUAUGCUUGACAAAGUUAUACCGAUGUUAUGCAGUUGAACCCCCAAACACUGAGCAAGCUUUAAAAUGGUUGUACAAAGCUUCCAAAGGUGGGAGCAAAAGUAAUAUAAGAGAAGCUGUUAAGUGGUAUAUGAAAGCAGCAGAAGGCGGGUAUGUGCGUGCUAUGUACAAUAUAUCCUUAUGCUACUCAUUUGGGGAAGGACUGUCACGCAAUCAUCAAGUAGCAAGAAAGUGGAUGAAGCGGGUUGCAGAUCGUGGUCAUAGUAAAGCUCAAUUUGAGCAUGGACUUGCUCUUUAUUCUGAGGGAGACAUGAUCAAGGCUUUGGUUUACUUGGAACUUGCUAGCCGUGCUGGUGAAAAGGGUGCUCCUCAUGUUAAGAAUGUAAUUGUUCACCGGCUUUCUGCUGCUUCACGCAAUCAUGCCAUGCUUCUAGCUGAUAGUUGGCGUGCUUUGCCAUCAAAUUGGGCUAAAAUCUGUAUGAUCAGCGAGCAAGAAAUCGCAUUACUUUUACCACUAAUUGAGGCAUUAAUUGUUUUUUCUUUUGUUCCGGGGGCAAUAUACAGUGUUAAUGAUAGCCCUUCCGAUGGUAGAUUUUUGUAUAAGACUGUUGCAAUUUUAGCCAUAUGAACAAAGUACUCCUUUCUGUGUAGACUCACAUUGUCUUGAAUCAUGUUAGUGUAUAAUGUUUUUAGUGUUAA